UCUCGACCAUACAAUCAUCAUAUCGGAAAAAGGUAAUCAACAUCAACGGUCACAAUUCAUUCAACAGUCAACACUCCUACAAUCUCUCUCUCUCUGUGGCUUUUCCACUUUGCACCUUCCAAGUUCCAAACAAUGCAGAGAACUCCACGAAUCAACAAUGGCGGAUCCAGUUCUUCACCCAGACACUACAAACCCUCUUCAUCACCAUCAAACGCAACCUCUCAAAGAGAUCGCCAUUGACUACACACCAGAAGCAUGCUCUCAUUGCCCUAAUUCCAACACCAUCACCCUCACCUUCGAUCACCGCGGCGGCGCCAGGUGGCGCACCACCACUCGCUUCCACUAUGGCACCUUCAGCUCCCUCAUCCAGUGCCCUAAGGGUAACACCAAUGGCCUCAACUUCAACCUCUACCUCUCUUCCUUAGAAGGUGAAAAGUCCCAAGAUGAGAUAGAUUUUGAGUUCUUGGGUAAGGAUAGGACCAUUGUGCAGACAAACUACUUCAGUGGUGGCAAUGGCAACAAGGAGAAGAUUCACCAUCUGGGUUUUGAUGCCUCUGAUGGUUUUCAUGAGUAUGUGAUCAAGUGGAGUUGUGACGUGAUAGAGUGGCUCAUUGAUGGGAAGGUAGUCAGAAGAGAGGAGAAGAAAGAAGGUAAAGGGUUCCCUCAGAAGCCUAUGUUCUUGUAUGCUUCCAUUUGGGAUGCAAGCUGCAUUGCUAAUGGGAUGUGGGCAGGGAAGUAUGAUGGGAGUGAUGCACCUUAUGUUUGUCUCUAUAAGGACAUUCAUGUCCCUACUAGCACUGCAGUUAAAUGAUCUUGUGAUUCAUGAUGAUCCGGUCUUAAAGCUUUGCAUUCUGUCUUCAAUUUGAUUCAGCUUUGUAUAUUACUUCUCCUGUCCAAAAAUAUUAGUCACUUUUGGGAUGUAUUUAGAU